AUGGAGACAAGGUUCGAGCUCGUGAUAGUGGGUGUUAAGGUUGUAGUACUAAUGACUCUUGUAGUACUAGGGGUCCGAGGGUCUGAGGAACCCGCUGGCGAGACUGACAAACUUGGCGCAGAGAUGACAGGCGUAGAAGAGCGUGAAAGCGAGCUCGAAAUCGAGAUUAUCGAGGAGGUAGUUGGGAUACCCGAGAAGGAGUCCGACGAUGAGCUUCGUGUGGAUGGGGAUGACGAGGAAGGCGGCGAAGAGACCGGAGUCAAUGAGUUUGGCAAGGCUGUAGACAAAGAUGCUGGUACUGAAGUGGAUGAUAAUGCAGGCGAGGAAGGUGAAGAGAAACUAGAUGUUGUUGUCGAUCGUGAGCUUGAAGGGGUAGUCGCGGGGGAGCUUGAUGAUGAAGCAGGCAGGGAGACUGGCGAGGGGCUCGAUGCACUCGAGCUAGGAAUGACGGGAGUCACCAAUGAUGGCAGUGAUCCGGACAGAAUGCUAGUCAAAGUGGCUGAAGGCAAGAUGAUGAUCGUGGUUGAAGUAGACGGCAGCAAAGAGGGCAAUGUCACAGGCGUACUUGUUGUGCUUGUACUUGGGGUGAAGGUGGUCGAAGCGAUCCUGGAUGUGUUGGCGAGGGGGAAUGGGGCCGUAAGAGAAGUUGAGGUCGAUGAAGAGGUGGAUGAUCUUGUCGAACUACUCGAUGAGAUUGUAGAAAUCGAAGAGCUUGUUGUACUGCUGAACGAGGACGAAGUUGAGGUCAUCGAGGUUGACGUGCUUGAUGGGCUGAUGCUGCUGGAACUACUGCUGCUCGUUGUAGACAAUGUGGGAGAGAAAGUACUAGACGAGCUUGACGAGCUCGAGGUGCUCGAAGAACUGGAAGAUGUCAUGGAACUGCUUGAGCUUGAAGUCGAUGAAGUUGAAGAGGCCGUCGAGUUCGAAGAUGCGCUUAUCAAAGAAGUAGAAGUUGAGCUUGUGCUAGUGAAAGUCGUCGAGGAACGGGUUAACGAUGACGAGGAGGAGGAGGAGGAGGACGAAGAGCUACUGGAUGAAGUCGAAGAAGACGAGGUGCUUGUAGACGAUGUACUAGACGAAGUGAAAGAGCUUGUGGAAGCGCUAGUCGAUGACGAUGUUGUGCUGGUGGUAGUAGAUGGCAUGCUAGAAGAUGCAGACGAGCUAGAAGAGGAGAUGAAAGAGGUGGUACUAGUUAUUGUGCUCGAGCUUGAAGAGGAACUAGACGCAGUGGUGGUCGACGUCGAAGUCCGUGUAGAAGACGUCGAGGUUGGAGAAGUGAUCGUGGUGGACCUUAUGGAACUGCUACUAGUAGAUGUGCUACUAGUAGACGUCGUGGUCGUCGUGGUACUAGUCGAAGACGUCGACGUCGACGUCCUGGAAGUGCUAGUAGAGGUUGACGAUGUAGACGUAGACUGGUACCCAAAUUGGCGAACUCCAUAG